AUGAAGCGAAAGCGCGAUUCGGUUUCGUCGGAUCCAUCACAAAAUGAGGGUAACAUUGAGCAAUUAACGAUUCGCUUGUCUUCCGCAUCCUCUAUCACAACGCAAAUUCUACGUUAUGUCGACCUCUCCGAGAGUCAAUCAAAUUCUUCUCGGGACUAUGAGAUCGUAAAUUUUGUUAGAUCGAGAGUUACAAUCAUCCUUGAACUUAUUCAGGAAUUGAUGGAUGAAUUGGAGUUCAUUCAGCUUGAGGAUCAUGUCGUGGACACCUAUGGUCAACGUGUGAAUUCUAUUGUUGAACAGGCUCUGCGAUGUCAAGAUUUACUUGGUCAAUUGCCAUUGAAAGAUCACGAGAUAAAUUUGAGCGACCCGAAUGAAACAUCAACAAGAGCAUCCGAAUAA